AUGGAGACUAAGAAACGUCUUUCCGAAGACAAUGUUUCCUCUGCAGAAGGCCAAUUCGAUGUCGCCAGCGCAGCAGACCGUCGGAUGCCAGCGUCACUACGCAACAUGGGCAACGACGAGAUCAAGAUUCUCAGCAAAAAGAUCGUCCGAAAGGUUGACCUUGUUGUCCUCCCGACCAUUGGAAUCCUAUACAUCCUGAACUAUAUCGACCGUCAGAACCUGGCUGCAGCCAAGCUCCAAGGAAUCACCAAGGACCUCCAUAUGUCCACCGAACAAUUUGCAACAGCGGUCUCAAUUCUAUACGUCGGAUAUCUUCCUUUCCAAAUCCCAAGCAACCUCCUCAUUACCAAAAUGUCUCGACCGGGCAUGUACAUUUGUGCCGCAGUGGCGAUCUGGGGCUGCAUUUCAGCUUGUACGGCCGCCGCUAAAACCUAUGGCCAGCUUCUUGCUGUGCGUGCUAUUCUUGGUGCCACCGAAGCAGUCUUCUUCCCCGGUGCUAUCUACUAUCUUUCAUCCUGGUACACUAAGGUUGAACUGGGCAAGCGCAUCGCUGGUCUAUACAUAGCCCAACAAGUCGGCAAUGCAUUCGGCGGUCUUUUCGCUGCAGCCAUUCUCCAACUUGACGGAGUUCACAACAUCGCCGGCUGGCAAUGGCUAUUCAUCAUCGAAGGCAGUGCCACCGUCGGCAUUGGCGUCGUAUGUGCCUGCAUCAUGCCCGAAUUCCCGCACAAUAGCAGGUUCCUCUCACAGCUCGAGCGAGAUCUCGCCGUAUGGCGUAUUGAGUCCGAAGCCGGCGCAGCAGAGGGAACUGAAAACGAAAGUGUUUUGAAAGGCUUCACUAAGGCUCUUUCUGAUCCCAAGCUGAUUCUGCUGAUUCUCGCAAACAUGCUGUCGCAGGUGCAAGGCUCUAUUGCAAAUUACUUCCCUACCCUCGUUGACUCUCUUGGCUUUUCGAGUACGAUUAGCUUGCUCCUGACGGCCCCGCCGUACGUCCUAGCCGGAGGAGUCUACUACGUGAUCAUGUUCUACUCCGACCGCAAAAACACAGUCUACCCGAUUAUUCUCGUUUGUAUCGCCAUCUCGGUGAUCAUGUACAUCAUACCAAUGACAACGAUGAAUGUCGGUGCGCGCUACUUCGCAAUGAUUAUGCUACCCUUUGCAUCCGUUGGCCCGCAGCUCCUUCUUUACAAGACAAUCAACCUCCAUCUUGCUCGUCCAGUUUCCAAACGUGCUGCAGCUUCUGCUUUGGUCAAUGCCAUUGGAGGUACCUCGAAUAUUUGGGCUUCAUACUUGUACUACGCGGGACCGCAUUUCUAUGCUGCGUUUGGGACGCUGAUGGGAAGUGGUAUCUUGCUGGGCGUUGUGGUCACCGUUUAUCGCUGGCUCGUCUUGCGCGAGAAUGAACGUUUGGACUCUGGAGAGCCGGAGCAGAUUGCGAAGGCCAUCAAGGGUGGUGUCACGGAAGAAAUGGUUGAGCUUAAAUGGCGUUAUGAGAUGUAUUAG